CCCUCUAGUGUGAGGAGGCAUUUCUCUCUUUUUUUGCCUCGUGUGUUCAUGUGUUCCCCUUCACUUUCAUCAGCUUUGCUCAGGAGGGGAAAGUACAUCUGAGCUCACCUCCUGGACACAGACACAAAAAAAAAAAACACACAAACAAAAAAAAAAAAAACUUUUGCAACAUUUAUGCAUACUCUUUAUUUUUUUUUUCCCUCACACACACACACACACACACACUCACAAAAAAAAAGCUGCACAGGAAACAAAACUUAGCUUCAGAGUCUGAAAACACCCUCCUUGAGUCUCUCUCUCUUUGUUCCUGACAUCACUCGACUGCGUGUCGUUUGCGUCUCGCCGCCUGGGCUAUGUGUGAAUCUGGAAAGCAGUGUUUUGAAGGUGAAAGCUGUGUGGCACGCGUGGACCAGCUGAAGAGACACAUUUGGGCGCUGAUGAUCUGGGUCUCUAUCCUUUCUUUGGGCCUGGGAGCCUCCAUCGUUCUCCACUUCAUCCUCAACCAGCGAUCUGUCACAGAGAUCCAGUCGAAACAAACCGAUGGCAAGUCCAGCACACAGUCUCAGCUCAGUACAUACAACCUCGUCAAGAACACAAAAGACAAAGGACGAAUGUUGUGGCAAAAAAAAAACGAAGCCCAACAAGAUACUACGAUAAAAAUAGAGGAAAACGGGAAUUAUUUCCUCUUCCUCAAAGUCACCCUGCAGAACCGGAAUCCAGGUGUGAAUUACACGAUCACGGUUAAAAAGAUGCCAGCGGAUUCUAGUCCCACUGAAAUCCUCGUGGGACAUAUCAACGAAACGGAAAACUCGACCGGAUUUAUGGGUAUAGGAGUGCUUCUGAUCGAGAACACGCUGAUAAACGUUACCUGCAGCCCUCAGGCACAACUCGACGUCAUUAACACUUACAUAGGCUUCAUCAAAUUCUGAUUCGUCAUACUUCCAGGAUGUCGUCUACAACUUUCCUUCUCCACGGCAAAGAAUUUAUCGUCAAUCGUGUUUUUGGUUUUAUUUUCGAUUACGGAGACGACAGUGGAGACUAUUUUUGUCUUAAAUGACUCAGUGCUUCUUACUGGAUUCAACAUGGUUUGAAC